GGAAUAGCUUCUGAGAAAAUAUGGCUGUGGGGAGAAAUAAAAGAGCAGCAGGACAAAAUGACUAUAUUACUGACUGCUUUAAUUAUAGCCGACCAUAUGGUGGAAAAUAACAAAUAUGGGGAAAGUCAGUCCAACAUUAGGCUAUCCUCCAUCUCCCAGUCUGGAUCCUCAGCUCCUCCCCCAUGCGCGCGGGGCUUCAUUUGAUCAAAUCCUUCAACUUGGACCACUUUUUACAACACGGCAUUUGAGCAACGCCACAACUCGCGCAGCACUUCCUCUUCCACAGCCGAGCGGCAGUUUACAGCCCGGGAAGGCAGAGAGAAGAGUGGGGGAAAGGACUUCUUGCAUCCUCAGCAUCCUUCUCUGCCGCCAGCAAUGGAGAGGGAGGUCAUAUUUUGCCCGAAGUGGCACAGUGCGUUUUGGUUUGUGAUUUUGAUGAUGCUCUGCUUCUUUCAUGCCGCCAAAGCUGAGAUAACUUGCAGGUCAUGCCAGCCUGGGAAUAAGGGGCGAGCACAAGAAUUACUGCUGAAAUUCGACACAAGUGAGUCCGCAACAGGAUUAAAGGGAGAAGUUUUCGGACACGGAGACGGGGCAGGGAGAGCCGCGGCUGCAAGUGCCGAAAGUCGGCGGCUCCGUUGCGCUGUUGGCUCCGCUGAGUGCGCUCCAGACCGGGCGGAACGCACGGACCCGAGGCUGGAACGGAAUACAGACAACCUGCAUGCUAAAGGUGAAAUUGGGGCGCGCGAGUUUGCAAAUAUGAAAGUUUCCAAUGUAAAAAUGAGUAGUCAGCAGGAGGGCAGCGCUGGUGAGGGCUUGACUUCUGCCGCCCGGUACGGAAAGCGCGCCAGGAGGAACAGUGAUGAUGAGAAAACCAGAUCCCCCGGUUCAGCGCAGAGUCGAGACCCGGGAGAGGGCACGCGCCCGGCGGCCGGCCGCAGAGUGCCGCGCUGGAGCGGUGAUGAGCGGAGAGCCGCCGCUCCGAGGCACGAGGAGCUCAAACUUAACAGUUCAACGUUCGCCUUGACCGGGGAUUCAUCUCACAACCAGGCUAUGGUGCACUGGUCCGGCCAUAACAGCAGCGUGAUUUUGAUGCUGACCAAACUAUUUGACUUCAACCUCAACAGUGUGACUGAGAGUUCAUUAUGGAGGUCAACUGACUACGGAGCAACAUACCAGAAGCUGAAUGACAAAGUAGGAGCAAAGACGAUACUCAGUUAUUUGUACGUGAGCCCGAACAACAAGAGAAAGAUCAUGUUGCUGACUGAUCCAGAGGUGGAGAGCAGUCUUCUGAUCAGCUCUGAUGAAGGGGCUACCUACCAGAAGUACCGGCUGAACUUCUACAUCCUCAGUCUGCUCUUCCACCCCGAGCAGGAGGACUGGAUUUUGGCCUACAGCCACGACCAAAAGCUCUACAGCUCGGUGGAGUUUGGGAGGAGGUGGCAGAUGGUGCACGAGAGAGUGGCUCCCAAUCGCUUCUACUGGUCGAAAAUGGGUUUGGACAAAGAGCCAGGCUUAAUUCACCUGGAAACCAGCAUCUCUGAAGGACAGGCGCUGUAUGUCACCUGCAAGCUGCAGAACUGCACAGAUGCCAACAAGGGCAAACCAUUCCCCGGCUACAUUGACCCCAAUUCUCUGGUGGUGCAAGAUGAGUAUGUGUUUGUCCAGGUGUCAGCUGCAGGGAGGCCAAUCUACUAUGUGUCUGCUAAAAGGGAUGUCUUUACACCAAUGAAGCUGCCCAAGUACACACUGCCCAAGGACCUGCAUGUGAUCAGUACGGAUGAAAACCGUGUGGUUGCAGCCGUACAGGAGUGGAACCAGAACGAGACCUACAACCUGUACGUGUCAGACACGUCGGGGGUCUACUACACCCUGGCACUGGAGAACGUGGUCAGCAGCAUGGGCCCCGAGGGCAACGUCAUGAUCGACCUCUAUGAGGUAGCGGGAAUAAAGGGGAUGUUCCUCGCCAACAAAAAGACGGAUAACCAAGUGAAGACGCACAUCACCUACAACAGAGGCAGAGAUUGGAGGUUACUGCAGGCCCCGCGCAAAGACCUGAGGGGCAAUAGCAUUCACUGUGUGCUGCCCUACUGUUCAUUACAUCUCCAUCUUCAAGUGUCUGCCAAUCCCUACACAUCUGGAAAUAUAGCCAGCAGGGACUCAGCCCCGGGGAUCAUCGUCGCAUCAGGCUCCAUCGGCUCAGAGCUGACCAGCACCAAUGUCAGUGUGUUCGUCGCCUCGGACGCAGGAAACACAUGGAGACAGAUCUUCGACGAGGAGUAUGCAGUGCUGUAUCUCGACCAGGGAGGAGCCUUAGUUGCAAUAAGACACACUCCGCUUCCCAUCAGACACCUGUGGUUGAGCUUUGACGAAGGACUGCAGUGGAACAAGUACAGCUUCACCAACACGCCUCUGUUUGUGGACGGGGUGCUGGGAGAGCCUGGGGAGGAGACUCUCAUCAUGACGAUCUUCGGCCACGUCAGUCAUCGCUCGGAGUGGCAGCUGGUGAAAAUCGACUUCCGGUCCAUCUUCAACAGGAGGUGUACAGAGGCCGAUUAUCAAACGUGGCACCUUCUCAACCAGGGUGAGCCGUGCCUCAUGGGAGUAAAAAGAAUCUACCGGAAGCUGAAGCCCACGUCCAGGUGUGUUAUGGGAAAAACAUACUCUGUGUCCAUGACGUCGGGCCCCUGUGACUGUACAGAGGCUGACUUUGAAUGUGAUUAUGGCUUCGAGAGGCGGACCGAUGGCAAGUGCACCCCUGCCUUUUGGUUCCAUCCGUCAUCCAUGUCUAGGAGUUGCACCACGGGGAUGACUUUCCUUAACAGCACCGGCUACAGGAAAGUGGUCUCUAACAACUGUACGGCUGGAGUGAGCGUGGAGUACACAGCCAGGAGGCAGCAGUGUCCCAUCCAAGCACCCAAAGGUCUCCACCUGGUCACCAGCGAGGGCACACUGAGCACCAAACUGGGCACCAAUGUCACCUUCCUGCUUUUUCUGGAGGAGGGCGACGGGGCAAGGACAAGCAUCACGCUGGACUUCGGAGACGGCCACGCUCUCACCUACUCCAACGUGAGCUCCAUUGAGGACGGGAUCAAACACAUCUACAAAGCUGUGGGAAUCUACCGAGUGACUGCCACCGGGGAGAACAGCCUCGGCUCAGAGACCGUCAUGCUCUACCUGCAUGUAACAUGUCAGCUGGAGUAUAUCCAUCUCUCAGCUCCCUUUGUGGCCGUGAGGAAUAAGGAAGUGAACCUGACUGCUGUUCUUUGGCCCAGCCAAGUGGGAACGGUCACCUACAUCUGGUGGAUCGGAAAUAACACAGAGCAGCCAGUAAUCACCCUGGAGGGAAGUGUGGCGUGCACAUUCUCCCGGGAAGGCAUCAGUACAGUCACUGUACAGGUGUCUGCAGGGAAUACUAUUCUGCAGGACAGAAAAAGCAUUGCUGUCCACGAAUAUUUCCGCUCUCAUCUGCUCGCCUUCUCAUCAAACCUGGACGACCACAACCCUGAUGUUGCAGAAUGGAGACUGGACGUGAGCCGAGUCAUCAAGAACUCUCUGAUCGAGGCCACAGGCGUGCGAGAGGAUCGGCUUCUGGUCACCGUCCUCCCAGGUUUACCCACAGCAGCAGAGUUCUUCCUUCUGCCUGACAAACAGCUGACUGAGGGGAAAGCAGAGAAGAGCUAUGCUCAUUUAGAUCAGCUCUCUGAGGUGUUGCUCAACGCCUUAAAUCAAAACCUUGUCCAGUUCACUUUGCGGCCAGGGGUCCAAGUCACCGUGUAUGCAGCGCACUUAUCAGCAGCGCCCCUAGUGGACACCAGCGAGAACCACAGUGGCUCUGCCAUGCUAAUGCUGUUAUCACUAGUGGUUGUGGGUUUAGCUGUAUUUGUCAUCUACAAAUUCAAGAGGAAGAUCCCAGGCCUCAACGUCUAUGCGCAGAUGCAGAACGAAAAAGAACAAGAAAUGAUGAGUCCAGCUAAUCCAACAGGGGCCACGCCCAGCUCACAGCGGGACUUGGUUCAUUCUUUGGAGAUUCUGGACACAGAAUUUAACUCACGGCCCAUAGAAGGGAAAUGGUCCGGUCAAGGGGUGAAAGGCAGCUAAGCAAAAAUAAGAUGUAUGAAACCUCAUGUACAUGUGAAAUUCUCCACAGAACUCCCCACGUACAUCGUCUAAACUCUGGACUGGAUUACUACUCCAGCUGCGUCAUGGAUUUUUUUUUGUACCAUUUGGGAUACAAUGGUUUUGAGCUUUAUACCUGUGCAUGUUGGACCCUGCUGACACAUACUGUACUCUGUUGAAACUAGAAGAAACUGUGUACAGGUUUUUCAUUUUCUUUCAACAUAUAUCUGAUAAAUUAAACAUCUAAAAAAUCCCAUUUAUUUAUACAAGUCAGAUACAUAAUUCAGAGGGAAUGACAGCAUGAACUGGAGAUGGUAAAAAAUUAAAUAAGCAACAAUGUUUUGGUUUUGCUUACAUGUGUGAGAUUGGUUUGCUGUUCUAUGAAGCUAACAGCAGUAGUGUGUUAUUUAUUAUUCAUAUGAAUAUACUUUUAUGAAGUAUGUUAUUGAAGUGAAUUACACAUUUAUUUUGAAAUCAAUGUCUAUGUUAUAAAUUUAUGUAUUUUAAUAACAAAUGUCAUACUAAACAGAAAUGCUGUUAUAAAAUAUGAAUAGGGUACUUCAAAGCUUUUUGUCUAUUGUCUCUUGGAAAGCUGAUUUAUGGCACAAUACACAUUUUCUACUGAGAUGUUUCUUUUUUUUCUGAUUUUAAUUUAUUAACAAAAAUACAGGGUUUUGUUUUCUGGAUUAAUUUAACCUUUGCUGUUAAUCUAACGCUUCUGGUACUAUUUAUGAUACAUACCAGUUUGUAAAAUGUUUUGUGCUUCAGAAUAAGAGACCACUUGAUAGCUAAGGUGCUACACUGCACCUUCCGACUGCAAGUGAUCCCCAAAAUAUUACACCUUUUAGGAAUAGCAGAAGAAACCGGGUGACAGGAGGACUAUCCCACAAAGAAAAGUAGGCCAACGUGGUCCUCAACCACACCCCAAUCACAGCCAACAUCCCUACUGCAGGCAGAGUACAAUUUAUCAAAGCUCAGAUUUAAGGUGGCAGUUGGAAUGAGAUACAACUACUUUGUGGGAGAAUCCAAAGAGCAUGGCAGCAAGAAAGAGCGAGACAGAGAGAGAGAGAGAGAGAGAGAGAGAGGUUAAGAGAGAUGGAAGAGUGCUUUUUGGGGCCAUGGCGCAUUAAGAGCGUUCUAUUGGACAGAAUAAAAAGAGGUUGACUUCUUGAAUACUUAAUGUGGCCAGUCAAGCUCAAGGCUGGCUAAGGUUGGUGACACAUUUAGGCUAAUGUCCUGGCCCGCUCUCCAGUAGCAGCCAUCUUCAUCCCAGCUCAUUUAACUGCACUGUAGGAGCAGGAGAACUAGAGCGCAGAUGCUACCAGGCUACACGGAUGGUUAGCUUGUUCAGAGGACUGUCAAGCCCUGUGGUACUUUGUGUGCGAAAUCUGACAGAUGUAAAUGCCUGAUUGAUGCCUUUCAAAUCUUCAGAAGCAACCCUCCAGGAUUAGUUUUCACUCUUUUUACUUUGUGGAGAUGUGUAAAUACAGAGGGAGUGUGGUUUUGUCAACUUCGGCUGAUCUUUUCUACAAUUGUUAAGUCGUAGCUGUACAGAAAUUGCCACCGUAGAUAUACCUACACAAUCAGUAUAGAAUGUAACCAUGCACCACACAUGAGAGCAAAAAAAAUAAACUGGACUUUCAACCGAGAGGUCGUGUUGGUGUCCCGUGUGAAACCAAAAGUCAACGUUGACUUUUUGUUUAAAUUGCAUGGGCUACGUAAGUUAACUUUCUUACGUAACGUUCCUUAUGUAAUGUUCUUAACUAACACCACAAACGUAGAUAUUUUAACCCAAACCACGAUCUUUUCCUAAACCUAAUCAAGCAGUUUUGUUGCCUAAACUUAACUAAGUAACUUUAGUCUUGUUUGAACUGACAACGGGACUCCCAGAGCAUUAAAAAGUAAUGCCAAGGGGUCCUGACCAAGCUGACGGUGACCGUUACAAUGUGAAUAGAUGAUAACGGCCUUCUGAACCUUCUAGUACGUGGAACAGGCCCCUUCUAAACCAUAUCUAUGAGGCAGAUAACCACUGAUAACACCUUUUGAAUGGAGUGUUGACAUUUGAAAUGGUUGGAAUAUGUAAGUGUCAAAAGUUCAAGAAUUAAUUCAAAUGAGGGAUCAUUCUUGGUAGCUCUAUAGUGAAAAUAUCUGUGGAGAACAUUAUUCUGAACUCUGGGAUUGCUCUGUAGUAGGAGUCUUGUCUUUAAGAUUACCAGUACAAACAAAUAUAAAGUGAUGCUUUUGACACAAAGUCACGUAAAUUGUUGAAGUAAGUGGUAGGUCCCAGAACCUCGGGGGUACCCAAGGUAUGUAUUUAAUUGAAAUGAUAAGGGCAUUAAGGGAACAUUUGCGAGAAUUGGUAAGCCUUUGACCGUGACGAUCAGCUUUUCCUCCAUGUUGUUUUAAAGUGCUUGUAUUAUGCUAAGUUUUAUAAUUGUAUUUAGAGGUUAUAUCAGAAUAGGUUUACAUGGU